AUGGUUUCCAACACGGCCACCCUCGCGUGGAGGUUUGCUGGUCUGAGAGCUCGCGCUGCCCCAUCGCUGCGCUUUUCCUCACGGCCCUCGAUCCUCCACCGGCAUUCAGCCAUCUACCAGCCAAAAGCACUGCGAUAUGCCUCGGACACAGCCAGUGAGGCGACCGAAGCAGUGAAGGAAGUGCCCAAGAAGGCCGGCCGCAGCAUCAAGAGAACCGUGCUCGGCACCUCAUUGAUUCUGGCUGGUUUGGUGGGCUAUGUGUAUGUGACAGACACGAGGGCUAGCAUUCACCGCUACGUGGUGGUCCCGCUCGUCAGAUGGCUGUAUCCCGAUGCUGAGGAUGCUCACCAUAUCGGCGUGGACUCCCUGAAGACUCUCUACAAGUUCAGCCUUCAUCCUCGCGAACGCGGGAAUCAGGAUGGGGACGGCGUGUUGGCUACUGAGGUCUUUGGAUACACGAUCAACAACCCGGUUGGUGUCUCAGCCGGACUUGACAAGAACGCCGAGAUCCCCGACCCGCUGUUCGCGAUCGGUGCUGCUGUUGUCGAAGUCGGCGGCACGACGCCCCUGCCGCAGGAGGGCAAUCCCCGCCCUCGGGUCUUCCGCCUCGUCUCGCAGAAGGCCAUGAUCAACCGAUACGGGCUGAACUCCAAGGGUGCCGACCACAUGGCGGCCGUGCUUGAGAAGCGCGUGCGCGACUUCGCCUACGCAUACGGAUUCGGCAUGCACGAUGAAGGCGAGCAGCGCGUACUCGAUGGCGAGGCCGGUGUGCCUCCGGGCAGUCUGCAGCCCGGCCGCCUGCUAGCCGUGCAGGUGGCCAAGAACAAGGUGACGCCGGACUCGGACAUCGAGGCCAUCAAGCGCGACUACGUCUACUGUGUGGACCGGCUGGCCAAGUACGCGGACAUCCUGGUCGUGAACGUCUCCAGCCCCAACACACCAGGCCUGCGCGACCUGCAGGCGACCGCGCCUCUCACGGCGAUCCUGAAGGCAGUCGUGGGUGCCGCGCAGAGCGCCGAGCGCAAGACCAAGCCCUUUGUGAUGGUCAAGGUCAGCCCGGACGAGGAUUCGGACGAGCAGAUCUCCGGCAUCUGCGACGCCGUGUGGAACUCUGGCGUUGAUGGCGUGAUCGUGGGCAACACAACCAACCGCCGCCCCCAGGCGCAGGGCUUUGCCCUGCCCCCGAAGGAGCAAUCGACACUGAAGGAGACGGGCGGCUACUCGGGCCCGCUGAUGUUCAACCAGACCGCUGCACUGGUAGCGCGGUACCGCGCGCUGCUGGAUGCGCCUCCCCUUCCCGCGACUGACACAGCAAAGCUCGACGGAGAGAGUGGAACCGCGGUGGAAGCAGCGGCGCCGGCCAGCCGGGGCCCGCGCAAGGUCAUCUUCGCGUCGGGCGGCAUCACCAACGGCCGGGACGCGCAGGCCGUGUUGGAUGCGGGGGCGUCGGUUGCGAUGAUGUACACCGGCAUUGUGUUUGGGGGUGUGGGCACUGUGACGCGCGUGAAACAGGAAUUGCGGGAAGAGAAGGAGAAGGAGAAACGCCAGUAG